UUUCCAGUUGAAAAGGAUGCUCAAAGAGUAAACAAAUAUGAAGACCAUGUUCCUAAAAUUAAUUUUGAAGGUUUUGAGUUUCCAUUCCAAGUUAAAGAUGUAGAUAAGUUUGAGAGGAGAAAUAAACUAGCCGUUAAUAUUGUUAGCGACUGUAUGAGCAAUGCUCCAAUACAAAUGAUUAAGCCUUCUAAAGAUUAUAUUAAAUUUGAAGGAAUUCAGGAAACCCAGAAACAUAGAUAUGUAUGUUAUGCAGAUUUUGAAUCUGUUAUUCCUAAAAUUGAUAGCGUUAGUAAUUCUCCUAACAAGUCUUGGAGUGAGAAUAUCGGCAAACAUGCAGCUUCUGGAUUUUGUGUAAUUGUUGUUGAUUCUUUCACUCAAAGUAUUUACGAUAUGAAGAGCUAUAUUGGAUAUGAUACUAUUUUAAAAUUCAAUGAAUAUAUCUUAGAUGUUUGUGAAAGACUGUUGAACAUACCAGAUAAGAAAAUGAUAGAUUUGACUGAAGAACAAUGGGAGGAAUAUAAUAGUUGUAAGACGUGUCAUGGAUGU